AUGUCUACUGUGCGACCCGAGGAGUCUCAGGCCGUGCUGUUCACCUCGGAGAGCAGGUCGUCAACUACAGAAACCAUCCAGGCAGAGGUCUCCCUGGAGAUGAAGAGACAACUGGAGGAGACUCAGAACGGAGACGUGCAGACUGAGAGCGAGGCUGCAGGUGAUGCUGACCUUGAGGGGACAGCAGACAGCACAACCCAGCCUGCCAAAACACUGAAGGUCGCCCCUGCCGGCGCAGAGGGGGAAACCCCGACAGCAGGACCAUCCACCCCCACAGAGCCAGCAGCACCCGCACAGAAACCUGGGAAAACAGCAGCAAAAGGUACAACGUAAAAUC